CUUAUAUCCGUACACACAAAUAAGGAACAAGGCCCGAAGGGGGAAACUCACAAACAAUGGCGACUAUGGUGGAGGAGAACUCAACGGAACAAACCCUACCGGAAGAGAUGCAGCAGCAGCAGCAGAAGCCCGGGAGCAGUAGUAGUAAUGGUGAUAAAAACCCCAGCCAGUCGCAGGUAUGGAUGACGAUGGCUCAAGCUUGGCUGUCCGCCUUCCCCGACGCCAAGGCUGUGAGUACCGCCGAUGUCGAGGCCUGGAUCGACUCCAAUUACAGCUCUUUACCAACCGACCUUCAGUCCAUGCCUCGCUCCGAGAUCAUCCAUCGCCUCCUCUCCAUUCAGAACUACAUGAGACCUUCUCCUCAGGGUUUCAAGAACGUGAUUGAAACUGAUUGUUAUAAUUCCCCGCCCAUUGCUCUCGCCUCUCAGGGCAACAAGUUUAUGUUUUGGAAGACUGGAUUGGAAUUGUUUAGAUGGCCGGUGGCAGUGGUGAAACCGGUUGACAUAUCAAGCGAUAUUCCCAGCUACCGGUUCCAACGCACAGAUCGAUGGCUGCCAGUUUAUUCAUGGUUGGAGACCUUGGACAGUGACGAGGUGGUUAAGUCUAAAGAAAUCUAUGACUGGUUAGAUUCCAACCCAGAUAUCAAAGAAGACUUGUUCUCCAGACACUCGCGGUACCAUUUGAUGCAUUACAUCAAGAAGUGCCAUUUCAAGAUACUCAAGAAGAGGGAUAAAAAGAAGGAAUCCCAGCAGGCAGACAAACCAAUCUCGCCCAACGCACACAAUAGUAUUGUGGAGUUUAAGGAACCACCAGCACCACCUGCAACUAUAAGCAAACAACUGAUCAGUAUACCCAAAGAUAGUGACCUGUAUGCAGCCAAAAGAAAUGAAGCUGUUCAAAAGUAUGAGAUCUUAUUGGAGUUGGAGAAGAAGCUCACGCCUCACUUUUCGAAGCGCCAAAAGCUGCAGUGAAGCAAUCUUACUUGACGGUCGAGAUUUUUGCCCUGAUUUAUGUCCACUCCUAGCGGUAGUGAAUCAAGUUAUUGUAAGUAGGCAAACUCCACUGCGGAUGGUGACUUGAGAAGUCGAUGCGGCCGAGGAAAGAAGAAAACCACUGUCUAUUAGUGUAAAAUAUGGAAUGUAGGGGCUAAGGAACUGCUCUGCCUUGUCCCCCAUCCAUUACAGCUCGAUGUGCGUGGCUGGCAUCCCAUAUGUGCUGAAUGAAGCUAGGCAGUUGAAAAGUUGAAAAAGAGUGGGACGAUGAUAUCUAGAGUAAUAGGUGUUGGAAUGAAGGAUGGCCUCCAAGUGGGGUGUUGCUCUCAUCUCAUCAGUCCGUUGGCGCUUGUAGUUUUCAAGAGAAGUCUCUUAGUCUUUAAUUAAUCAUUUGGCUUGUUGGGAUAGAAAGAAAUUAAGUAUAUUGUAAACUGGCAUGAUGUCUUUAUUUUUUCUAAUCAAAAUUGAAGCAAUGUCUUGGAUAUUA